UGACCAAUAAAAACGGAAUACACAUAUACGAUGGAUCGAUUGUUAUUUUGUCUGCUGCCUCCAAUCGUUUGAAGCUUGAAAUUUUGCGGGGGAUUUUACAGACAGUGUUCUUUGAUUUUUCUUUCUUGCUUGUAUUUGUGUUAUUUACAAAACAACUAGGCCUAUAUAAUACUGUGAUGCCUGGAUCAAAAGCAACAGCAAAACCCAAGAAACCGAAAGCCUACAAACUCCCGAAACCCCUACCAGAAGGGGAGAUACUUACUGAGCAUUCAGGCAAGAGAAAGUGGCGUAUCGGGUCAAUAAUCGGUCAAGGUGGCUUUGGAUAUAUCUACCUUGCUUCUGACAAUGUAAAUACAAAAGUGAAAGCUGAUGCAGAGUAUGUGUUGAAAAUUGAACCACAAGGAAAUGGACCACUAUUUGUUGAAUUGCAUUUCUACCAACGUGCAGCUAAAGAAGAUAUGUUGGAACAAUAUCAGAAGUCACAGAAUCUACCAUAUCUUGGCGUUCCAAAGUUCAUCAGUACUGGCCUACAUGAAACAAACAACAUGAAAUAUCGCUUUAUGGUCAUGCAAAGAUUUGGUGAAGAUUUGUACAAGAAACUUCAAGCCACAAACCAGAAAUUUACACCAAAGGUUACUUACAUGUUAGCUAAGCGCAUUCUGACCACUUUAGAGUACCUGCACGAUAAAGGAUACAUCCAUGCUGACAUCAAAGCUGCUAAUCUAAUGAUGGGGUAUGGCCCCAAGGCCUCAAAUCAGGUGUUUCUGGUAGAUUAUGGCCUUGCAUAUCGCUAUUUACCUGAUGGAGAACACAAGCCGUACAAAGAGGAUCCAAGAAAAGCCCAUGAUGGUACCCUUGAAUACACAAGCUGUGAUGCUCACAAGGGCGUUGUGCCUUCAAGAAGAGCAGAUAUUGAGAUCCUAGGCUACAACAUUCUACACUGGUUGAGUGGCACUCUCCCCUGGCAGGGAACUCAAGACCCAGAUGCAGUCAGUGCAAUGAAACAAAAGCUCAUGUCUGAUGUUGGUACGUUGAUGUCAAAAUGUUUUAAAGGCAAACAUUUUGCAGGAGAAGCUGAAGUUAAAAAAUACUUAAAAUAUGCCCACAAGUUGAGUUAUGAACAGAAACCAGAUUACAAUUGUUUACGACAGCUCUUCGACGAUGCUCUGAAGAAGAACGGUCUGAAAGAUGAUGGCAAGUUUGACUUUGAAAGUGUUGUAUCCGGUCCAGAAACUAAGCGUAAAACAACAGUCAAAAGAAAAUCCGACGACGGAUAUACUAGCAAUGGAAGCCCGGUGAAACGAGUUAGAUCAGAAAAGGUUACAUCCUCAGGGGAAAGCUCCCCAGAAAAGAAAAAACGUGCAGCAGCGGGCAAGAGAAAAGUGACAAGCUCAUCCUCCAUCACCAGCCCUGGGAAAGAACAGAUACCGAAAGCAAAGCAAAUGAGAGGAAGCAGAAAUAAGAAACCAGUCUGUAGUAUUUCAUCGCCAGAGAGCUCACCAGAAAAGAAGCUACGUAGAUCACCAAGGAAACUAGCUGCAUCUAAAGGUAAACCAGUAAAGAAAGCAGUCAGGAAUUCAAGAAGAAAAGUGCAAACAAUGGAUACAGAGAUUCAAACAUCACCAGGCCUGCUACAUCGAUACUUAAAAGAGAAUCCCAAUUAUAAUAAAAGCUGAUUGUGUACAUGAUCUGAUGCUUUAUGGGAAAUCAUUACAUAUGCAUAAUUGAAAAGAAAGCAGCAUGUGAACAAUGCAUUAUGGGAAGGAAAAUGCAUUGUGGGAACUUGCUUGUAGAUGCUACAUGGUACCUGUCAAAAGCAUCAUUGAUGCUCUCAUUAAAGAUGUUUGUUUGUAAAUUGUGGGAAUGUCAACAUUGUUGAUUAUAUGUAGAUCUUUGAAACUGUUUUUGAACAAAUACUUAUAAAGUAUGUUCAAAUAUUUUUUUAUAUUUACGAUUAUGUGACCAAAGAAUGUAUACUUUAGUUAAAUGUUAGCCAACCAAUAGAAUUGCGCUUCAUUAGAAUUUAGAAGUCCAACAUUAUUGGUCCUUUACAGUUUCCAUAUUAACUUGUGAAUCUCUUGGAGAAAAUGAUAUAAAUUAGUGAUUUCUUUGCGUUUUCCAAGGUCCCGAUUCCAGUGGCGUUAACCAGGAUAUUCAUCACCUUUUUUUUCAUUUUGUUCAGAAGCAGUACAUGUUUAAGAUAAAACUCAAGCGGGGGUUAGCCCCGUACCCAACUGGGCUUUUUACCUAGUCCCAGGAUAGGUUGGCCUAAAGGAACUCAGGCCAAGGGCCCAGGCCUCUUUGUUACUACACUAGAUUCUCAUCCUGCAAUGUUAUUAUUUAUCAUAUAUUAAGAUUACUUAUUGUUAUUGUUAGUAGUUAUAUUUAUAAUACAUUAUUAAUAUAGGUAUUAUUCAGGAUGAUAAAAUAUAUUAUCAAACAAAAAUAGGUGGACAUUUUUUACAAUUGCCAGAAAUGUUUUAUUUGAUUAUACAAUUUUCAUCAACAUAAACAUUUUUUAGAUAAAUUAACCUGACCCAUUACCAUCACAUAUUUUUGUUGACAAAUGAACUGUAAAUUAAAUGUUUUAUUGCCAAAUA